UGAGAGCAGUGGCUGAAGCUGGGGUUUCAUGCAUGGCCAACAGGCUGGACAGGGGCACGUGCUGGCAGCCUGGGGUGCUGACACCAAACCACAGCAAGGACUGAUAUUUGUGUAGUCAGAAGUUGGCUUACAGAGACGUUUACUGACAGACAAGAAAUGAAGCAGAAUCAGCCUGUGCAGAGACAUUGCGUGCUCUGAGCAAUUUCCAGAAACACUAACCCAGAGGAGUAUUCGAACAAUAAUGAAGGUUAAGUGUCUAAAGGACAGCAACAAAGAAGCCAUCCGUGAAAUCAGAUCUUUACACAGCUACAGUACAGAAUUCAUGCUUAAUGCUGUGCUGUCCAUGGUCAAUGCUGCGUCACUUCUAGCUGUGACUGUCCUGGGUGGGAUCCAUCUGAAUGAAUACAUGUGGGGCAUGCUGCUUACUGCUGACAUAGUGAGUGUGCAGAAGUGGGGAGAAAAAAAAAAGAAAAAGAAAGUUACCCUGACUGUAACCAAAGGGAAGCUUGGCUUUGACGCUUAACGAACUUGGCAGAGGUAAGGCAUGGAAAGUCUGUCUGUGGGAGGAACAUAUCAGAUGUCUUAAGAAAUAAGAUGCCAACAACUAUAAGCUUCGGUCCUCAUCUUAUACCUGCCUUGCGAACAGCACAUGAAAGCAGACCAGAGCUAUUAACGAUUUUCAGCUGAAAGGUUAUGUAUGGCAUUCCACUGGAAGUGCUGAGUGUUGAUCAUGUCAAUAAAGUCUGGCAACCUCUACAUGCCAGAGCGUGGUCUUGGAUAUCAUCAGGAAAGAAUGCGAGCUUCCCCCAGAAGACAGUGUUCAUUGGAACAGCUUUCUGGUGGAAACCUGGCUGCUCAGCCUUUGUGGGCUCACGCUGGUCUUGCCAAGGAGACCCCCAGCCUGGAUGCCUCGUGUUGCUCUCAUGGCACUGCCACGAGGGAGCCCAGUCUGCCGGGAGCAGUGACACCGCUGAUGGUGCUGUGCCACUUGCCAUCACGGACUGACUGCUGCCCUGAGGACAGGCAACGUUUUGCUCCCCCUCCAGGCAGGCAGUGAAAUGAGAUCGAUGGGGAAAGUCCUGCAGACCUGAUGUAUCUACUCUAUGCCUUUUCCCAGUAGUUAGUCAUUUUCCUGCAUCAGCAGAAGAGAAUGAGAGCUGUUUCAAACAACCUGUUUCAAGAGCAUCCCUGUGCUGUCUUGGGAAGCAUCAAAUGAGGACAAAUGUGCCUGACCCUUUCCAGCUGCUGCUGCUGCUGUGUUUGGUAAGAGAGAACGCAUACAUUGGACCUGGAAAAAGGAAUAAAAGUGCUUAUAACAGCAAUAACAAUCAUAAUAUGUGGCAUUUCCUGGGAAUUCAUUACCAGUUGGGGUCUCUACAGUAAAGAUGCAAAGCAGCUUCAUUUUAUUGUGACCAUCAGACCUGAACAGCAGCUUGCUGCCCUGAGCAAUCAUGUUGUCCUAUUCAUUCUACGUGGUUGCAGCAGUAGCUGCUUUUCUCGGGUCUUGCCAUGCACAGGAUAAGUGCGCAGGAAUACCUGGACUACCUGGUACUCCCGGAGCUAAUGGGCUGCCUGGAAGGGACGGAAGGGAUGGUCUCAGAGGAGAACCGGGUCCACCAGGUCCCAUGGGACCCUCUGGAGGUCUGAUGGGGCCUCCUGGAAAAGAUGGGCUUCCUGGACCUCAAGGACUCAAGGGAGAGCGAGGCGAGAAAGGAGACACUGGACCACCAGGUCUACCUGCUUCUCUUGACACGGAAUUACAAAAUGUUUUAGUAAGUUUAAAACAUCGGCUUGCCAGACUCAAAGGCGUGCUUGCUUUGAACACGAAAAUAACAGAAGUAGGAGAGAAAAUACUUGCCAGCAAUGGGAAGGAAGUUAAUUUUGCAUCUGCACUAAAAUCUUGUGAAGAAGCUGGAGGAACUCUUGCAACUCCCAUGAAUGAGGAGGAGAAUAAAGCUAUUUUGGGUAUUGUGAAACAGUAUAACCGAUAUGCUUACCUGGGCAUUAGAGAGAGUGAGACUUCAGGUCAGUUCAGCUAUAUGAAUGGCACACCUCUGAAUUAUACCAGGUGGCGUCAAUAUGAGCCAAAUGGCAAAGGGACAGAAAAAUGUGUAGAGAUGUACACUGAUGGAAGCUGGAAUGACAAAAAAUGCAAUCUGUAUCGCCUCACAAUCUGUGAAUUUUAAAGAAUGGCCUUUCAGCCACCUGAGAAUAUGGAGACCAUGAAAUAUUGUGUCUCAGCUUUAUACAGUAUAAUUUCUGCAAUUUUUCUAUGCCAGAAAAUCUAAAAUGAAUCAUAUUUUGGUAUUUUUUAAUCCUUUAGAAAAUUCCAGGUGUAGUAGAUGAUUAACUUAAUUAAAAUGUGCCUAAUUUGUUGCACUUAUCUCUGUUUUAGAGGGCUGGAAAUAACUCAGAAUUCAUUGUUCAUGACAGACACUGUCUCAAUGCACUGUGCCUAUGUAGAGAUUAGAGGAAAAUUCCAGGGCUUGACUUGGGAUAUUAGAAAAGUUAGAAGUUAAAAUACUCUUUGGAUUCAUAGUGGAAAUAUUUCCAAGUAUUUAAUUAUUUCUGCCUUAAGAGAGAUGCACAGCAGUUGACUUCACCAUAGCAGUUAUAGGCUUGGGUUUUGUACAUCUCUUUGAAGUGUAGGGCUUGUGUUAUGCCAUAUCGAAGUGUGCAUUGAUAAGUUCAGCAUCCAUACAGUAAAAGCACCAAUUACAGUUCAUUUUCUUAGUUAAAUCAGAAGCUACUGUCGAUAAAAAAUUAAGAUAAACAUUGCAUUUUAUCUAUGUAAACAUAUGAAAAUGUAUAUAAAAUAUUAAAGAUUGCAUUUUGUCACUAAAACAUUACAUUCCCUCGUAAAACUAUGACCUGUAGAACUUUGUAGUGUUAGGCCACUUUCGUCUCACAAACCACCAAAUAAGCACAUACUGUUUUAGUGGAGCAGCUAAAGUUGGAAGUACUAAUUCAAAAACAAGCUAUUUCUCUACUGAUGUCAUGCCAGCAACCACAAAAUCAGGCCAUGAUUCAAAUCCACUAGGAUCAAGAAGAGUCAUUUCACUAAGUCAGAGGUAUUUCUCACCCCAAUUCAAUUUGAGUAGUUGGUUGGGCAGUGAGAACUUGGGUAAGGGCCACAAGUAGCAAAUUCACACAAUUACCCCGCAGCAGGGAAGCAGGAAAUUUUCCCACCAAAUCAGGGAGAAAAAGUACUGGAGUUUAAACACAUGGGUAAACACUUAUACUCCAUCUUCCCCUUUUCUUCUCCUCUUCUGCUGCAUGUAUAUGCACGGCUCUUUGCAGAGAUCCUGUAUAAAGUUGGACAUCACUCUGGGCAGCAGGGGAACUCCAGGCAACCUUAGCUUACAUGGUGGAAAAGGUGGGAUCUGUCCCCACGGCCCUUUCAAGCCCUGUUGAGUAUGAAAGCUUUUGUGUGUUCAGACUGAGGAGAUGAGGGAUGCUUUUGGCACCAGAGGGUUCAUGUUCAGCAUCACCCCCAACACUUCAGUCCAUCUAGGAUUGGGCAGGACUUGGAAACGGGAGGAGUACUCCCAGACCCACAGAUUGGACAGAUUUCAAAGUGCGAAACUUCUUUACAAAAUAGCUAUCCCAAAGACCUAUGACCAUGAUGCUACUUUGUCCAAAAAUUACAAAUGGAAAGGGGAUAGAUCAUUCUGUGGCUGAAAUUCUGACUUUGAGAGAAGAGAAGGCUUAACUAAUGCUUUUUGACUUUUCCUACAUUUAGCUCUGACAAGUUGCGUUACAGCUGCUAGAGAAAGUUGUGAGUUUAACUUAAAACUACCUCUACCUCUUGAGUUUUAAUUAUUUAGUAAGAUCUAACAAGCAAACCAUUUUAAAUCAGUAUUUAUGUCUUUCAAACAUACAGCUUCUUUGUUAGAGCAAGAUGAUUAACUAGCAUAAGAAGGUAUCAUGUUGGAGAAAGAGCCGCAAAAUUGCUACACUAAUAUGGCCUUCUGUCAUCCAGACCAUUUUCGUGUAUUCAUUUACAUAGAUCUCCAACAACAUUUGGGGUAUCCUCUUCAAUUGGCUAAACGCUGAUGUAUUUCAGUCACAUGUGUGCUUACAACAGGACUAUACAAAUCUUUUAUUAAAAUCUUCAGUGUUUAAAAUCUCACAAAUGACUUAUCAGAAUAUAUCACCCAUCUUUAAACAGAUUAACACUUUAAAACAUUUAGGUGCUUUUUACCCAGUUAAGAAAAUCUAUUUUUGAGUCUAAAGCUAAUUUUUUAGCUCUACAUCAACAAACAAAGGUCCUAAGCUAGGUCUCCAAGUCCAAUUCCUUCUACUUAAGCCAUUACAAUUAAAAAAACCAAACCAAACACACACUGCUUAGAAAUAAAAACCCCACAGUCCUCUUAUAUGGUCAAAGAACUUCUAGACAGCAGUUUCAUCUGUAUGAUUCCCAGUGUGAUUGGUAACAUUUCAGGUAAUGCAACUAAACUCCUCAGGUAUUUUCAUAAAAUAUCUCUCCUUUUAGCAUCAUACUCAUUUCUUCUUUUUCUGUGCUUGAGCAUUCCCUGAUACCAUUCUGAAGUGGGCAUCCUUGUUCUGUGUCCUAAUUCUUGACUAUAUCUCAUGUAUAAAACAGAAGAUAUCAAAAAGAAUAUCUAUCAGUUUCCUGCCUUCUCCUCAAACAACUGCGCCAGCUUUUUUUUAAUUUUUUUUGAGUGGUCUUUUAUCUCUUAACUUCAAUGGACUUCAAAAAACAGAAGUCCAGACUCAACUGUCAUACACAGAAGAAAUAAGUAAUAUUGCAUAAUAAAAGAUAUCGUACAGAUACACUUGCAGUUAAUUUAUAUUUCGUGGGAUUUGUGUAUGCUGUGACAAUUAAAAUCCUGGUGAGAAUAUAACAAUUUUUAACUACCUAUGUACAUGCUGAGUACAACGCUAUGUGCUUAUUCUUUUCAGUUCCACAAAGGAGCAGAAAAGUAUCCUGGAAUCAUUAUAUAUGAGAAAAAUGCUAGCUAAAAGAAUAACAUAACUCAGUUUAAAUGCUUAAAUGCUGUUUAAAAUACUCGUAAGUAUUCCAGUCUAUUUUUUGUGAAAGAAAAAUCUGACUUCUGAGUUUAUACAUCAAUGAAGUCCCUUUUUAAAAUGGAAAAAAAAAGGGCAGGUCAAAUAGAAGCAGAACAAAUUGUUUCUCCAUCUGUUUUUAAAGGCUAAAUGAGUUUGAUAAAAUCUUUCCUUAAAAAUACAACAAGCAAAAAUAAUUGCCUGGUGCAUAAUGACAGGGCCAGGCAAAAGUCAAUUUAGUCUUUAUUUUUAAUUUAUAAUACUUUGCUACAAAAAAACCCAACCCAACAGCAAGACCUUUCAAUUCAGACAGUACAUUUUUCUUUUCUCAAAUGUUACAGAAACAGAUUUUGAGAAGUAGGGUCUCAGUGCAAGUAAAAAUUUCAGAAAAAUUCAGUCCCUUGUGAAAUUGGUUGGGUAUCACAUUAGAGGUCUAAUACAAUUGUUAUUAAUUAAAGUAUAUUUAGUAUCGGUGGACUUUGGCUACAAAUGAUGGAUAUUGAUUUCAGAGGGAAUUCUCUCUAAUCUGGAAUGAUAUCUUAUAACUGUGUAAUUUAAUUAGGUGUUUUAGCUUAGAAAUACUAUGAGCAAUUUUGGGUAUUCAAAAACCUCUCUUCCCCCCUCGCAGUCCUGACUGUAUGUAAAGAAAUUGACCUUAGAUAAAGCAGAUAAAUGUGUUAUUUUUGUUGGCUUUCUGAUUUUUGUGGAAAAACGAUGAAAACAAGCCACAUAGUUCUUGGGGGAAAUUAUUUUGAAAUUCAACCUUAAAUGAACAUAAUAAUUGACAGGAUGUGAUACAGGGCAGUAGGGCUACCCUAUCUUGUAUAGAUCGUGAUUAGUACCUCCUUUAUAUAUAUGUGCGUGUGGUGUGACGUGUAUAUAUGUAUGUAUGUAUG